UGGCUGUCUUCUUCACCGGGGCCCUUCUUCGCCUGGCCGUUGCUAGUCCCUCACUACUCCCCCGCCUCCACUGCCGAGUUCCACCACCUCUUCCUCUUCCACUCCAAACCCUAACCGUACGCGUCCCCAAUUCCCUCGACCAAACCCGAAGCCCUAAGAUCCGUUCCCCUGCAUGUGGUGCUUGCCCCGUUGGUGGCACCGGCCGAGCUGACUGACUCGCGCCUUCCUUAGGCGCUGCCAUGGGCUGCGUGUGCGGCCGCCCCGCGGCCACCGACGACGGCAGGUGCGUCCAGACGCCUCCGUCGGCUGGUAAGCUGUCGGCGGCGGGAGUGGCCGUGGUAAGGAGGGAGGACGAGGCCCGGAAGCAGGCGCGGGCAAGGGAUGAGGCGCUGGAGAGGAGGCGCGCGGCCGCUAUGGCGAUGGCCGCGUGCCAGGUUAGGAGCCCGGUGCCGAGGGCUGUGGAGGCGGAGCAGAUGGCAGCCGGCUGGCCGCCGUGGCUCGUCUCCGUCGCUGCCGAGGCCGUGCGCGGGUGGGUGCCGCGCCGCGCCGAGUCGUUCGAGAAGCUGGACAAGAUUGGUCAGGGAACGUACAGUAAUGUUUACAGAGCUCGUGAUCUUGAAAAGCAGAAGAUUGUUGCUCUAAAGAAAGUGCGAUUUGAUAAUUUGGAGCCUGAGAGUGUCAAAUUUAUGGCCCGGGAAAUCCUCAUUUUGCGACGGCUUGAUCAUCCAAAUAUCAUCAAGCUGGAAGGUCUAGUAACUUCAAGGAUGUCUUGUAGCUUAUAUCUUGUUUUUGAGUACAUGGAGCAUGACCUAGCUGGUUUAGCUUCUUUUCCUGGAGUAAAAUUGACUGAGCCUCAGGUUAAAUGUUACAUGCAACAGCUACUCCGUGGCCUUGAGCAUUGUCAUAGUCGUCACAUUCUGCACCGUGACAUUAAAGGAUCCAAUCUCUUGAUUGACAACCGAGGGAUAUUGAAGAUAGCUGAUUUUGGCUUAGCAAGUUUCUUCGAUCCUGAACAACGGCACCCUUUGACUAGUCGUGUGGUCACACUUUGGUAUAGACCGCCAGAACUUUUGCUUGGUGCCACGAAUUACGGUGUUGCUGUAGAUCUCUGGAGUACUGGCUGCAUUCUUGCUGAGUUAUAUGCUGGCAAGCCUAUCAUGCCUGGUAGGACAGAGGUCGAGCAGUUACAUAAAAUAUUUAAACUCUGUGGUUCACCAUCAGAGGACUAUUGGAGGAAGUCCAAACUUCCCCAUGCGACAAUUUUUAAGCCGCAACAUCCAUAUGCAAGGCGUGUUACAGACACAUUUAAAGAUUUUCCACCACCUGCCCGGGCAUUAGUAGAUGUUCUUCUUUCAGUUGAUCCUGCAGAACGUCAAACCGCGUCUUCUGCAUUGCAAAGUGAGUUUUUCGCAACAAAACCGUAUGCUUGCAAUCCUUCAAGUUUGCCGAGAUACCCCCCCAGCAAAGAGUAUGAUGCGAAACGACGAGAAGAGGAAAGUCGAAGGCAACGUAUUGCUGGAGGAAAGCAACAUCCUGAAAGACAAACUAGAGAAUCAAAAGCAGUCCCUGCACCUGAAGCGAACGCAGAACUAGCUUCAUCUUUGCAGAAAAGGCAAGCUCAAGCCAAUACCAAGAGCAGGAGUGAGAUGUUCAAUCCUUGCAAAGAAGACUCUGCAUCCGGAUUUCCAAUUGAACCACCCGGAUCAACUCAUGUUAUUGAAUCAUCUGAAGGCUCCAAACAUGUCUACCCUGCAAGAACCUUUCAUUCCGGGCCUCUAGUUAAUCACAAUCAUGCAUCGAAGUCUGGUCCAAGCAAAAAUGGCGGACUUCAUGUACCUUGUGUUGCAGAUCCACCGAAUUUCCCUGUGGUUGUGUCAGGAAGGUCAAAUAUACGUCCAGAUGAUAGCAAUGGAACAGGGGUUACUCAAGCUGAAGCUUUUGCUCAUGGACGGAGGUUGUCUGAAUCUAUCAAUGGGCACUUCGGCAGUAGUGGAAAGUACGAUCAAGUAUUCAACCAGAAAGAUGAAAAGAGUGGCAGGAUGGAUGGAGCUAUUGUAAGCAACCCCAAACUUGAACUGCAAAAGGGCUAUGGAUCCAAAGGCAACAAGAUUCACCAUUCUGGGCCUCUGACCUCCUGCCCUGCGGGCAAUGUUGACGAGAUGCUGAAGGAGAACGACCGGCAAAUCCAAGAAGUAUUCCGGCGAACCCGGGUCGAGAAGUCCAGAGUAAGGAGGACCCAUGGGCACGCCGGAGAAGGGCAUCAUCAGUUUGGCCUAAGAGAUCUCGGUGCCAUCCCGGUCUUCCCUUCCAGCCGCUCCAGCUAUCGAGCGACGCCGCAGUAAGUUCAAGGUGUAGCAAGUAAUUUGGUAGCUUAGGGGCAAAAUCUCUUGGACGUGGGAUUGAAAGAGAAGUUUUAUUGCUUCCUUGUCCCCCUUAAAUCCUGGGGGGUACAUACAUCAUGUUAUGUACAGGAAAGACUGCCGUGUAAUGUUUGUUGGAAUUACCAUGGAGAGUGAAGAAGGUGGUUUGGUAAUUUGGUGGUAAUUUGAGUGUUUAAUGAAAUCUUAUCUGGCAGGUGACCA